AUGGCCGACGAACACAAGGUGCGCGUCCCGACACGUCUCCGUUCGCCGAGUUCACGCCUCCGCCGCUCGCGAUCGUGCUACCCGAUCUCGCGCGUCGGCGCCCGCUCGUCUUCCUUCCACCGCCUUCCAACUGGCGAGAUCGCGCGUUCGAUCCGACGAUGUUCCGUCCAUUCCGCGGCGUACCCACCCGACACUGACCUCGCGAUGAUCCACCGAUACGUUGCUGCACAGGCUCUCGGCAACGCCGCGUUCAGCGCGGGCAACUACGCCGACGCGGUGAAGCACUUCACCGACGCCAUCGGGGUGGACGCCGCCAAUCACGUCUUCUACUCGAACAGGUCCGCCGCGUACGCCGCGCUCAACGACUUCGACGCCGCCCUGAACGACGCGGAGAAGACCGUCGCGAUCAAACCCGACUGGGUCAAGGGUCACUCGCGCAAGGGCGCGGCGCUGUACGGCCUGAAGCGCUACGACGACGCGUGCGACGCCUACCAGAAGGGCCUGGAUCUCGAGCCCGACAACGACGCGUGCAAGUCGGGCUUGGCGGACGCGGAGACGGCGGCGGUGAGGGCGAUGGGCGCCGCGGGCGACGGCGGCGAUCCCAUGGCAUCCAUGGGCGCCAUGCUCUCGUCCCCAGAGCUCUACGGCAAGCUCGCCACGAACCCCGCCACGCGCGGAUUCCUCUCACAGCCCGACUUCAUCGCCAUGCUCACCGACGUGCAGAAGAAUCCGGACAAGUUCGGAUCGUACUUGUCGGACCCUCGCAUGAUGCAGGUUCUCUCCGUGGCGCUGGGGAUCAACGUGAUGUCCGGCGAGGACGCGAUGAAGAACCCGGACGCCAUGUUCACGAACAAAGGGGAGCCCACGGUUCCCAACGUGACCAAGACAACGCCGCCCCCGCCGCCCGCGCCCGAGCCCACGCCCAUGGCGGUGGAACCGGAGCCAGAGCCGGAGCCCGCCGGACCCAAGGCUGAGGCCAAGAAGGAGAAGGAGCUGGGUAACGCCGCGUACAAGGCCAAGAACUUCGACGUCGCCCUCGAGCACUACGACAAGGCCAUCGCGUUAGACGGCGAGGAUAUCUCGUUCAUCACCAACAAAGCCGCGGUGUACUUUGAGAAGGGCGACUUCGACAGCUGCGUCAAGGCGUGCGACGACGCCGUCGAGAAGGGCCGCGAGCUUCGCGUGGAUUACAAGCUCGUGGGUAAGGCGAUGACCCGCAAGGGUAACGCGCUCGUGAAGCUCGACAGGCUCGAGGACGCCAUCGAGGUGUACGGCAAGUCCCUGAUGGAGCACCGCAACGCGGACACGCUCAAACGCCUCAACGAGACUGAGCGCGAGCUGAAGGAGCGGACAAAGAAAGCGUACCUGGACCCGGCGAAGGCUGACGAGGCGAGGGAGAAGGGUAACGAGCUGUUCAAGGCACAGAAGUAUCCGGAGGCUGUGGAGCAGUACACCGAGUCCAUCGCGAGAAACCCCGACGAUCACAGGGUGUACUCUAACCGAGCGGCGUGCUACACCAAGCUCACGGCGUUCAACGAGGCGCUCAAGGAUGCCGAGAAGUGCAUCGAGCUCAAACCGGACUGGGCGAAGGGUUACACGCGCAAGGGCCACGUCGAGUUCUUCACCAAGCAGUACGACAAGGCGCUCGAGACGUACCAGGAGGGCCUCAAGCACGACCCGAACAACGAGGAGCUGAAGGAUGGCCUCUACAGGACCCACGUCGAGAUUCGAAAGGCGUCCACCGGGCAGGUUGACGAGAAGGAGCUCGCGGAGCGGCAGCAGCGCGCGAUGGCGGACCCGGAGAUUCAGGGCAUCCUGUCCGAUCCCGUGAUGCGACAGGUGCUCAACGACAUGAGCACCGACCCGAAGGCGGCGCAGGAGCACCAGAAGAAUCCGAUGGUGAUGGCCAAGAUUCAGAAGCUCAUCAACGCGGGCAUCGUCCAGACCCGCUGAUGA